AUGCACCCGCUCCUCCUCCUCUUUACUGCCAACGUCGCGCUCGGCGUCACGCUCGACACGGAGGGCCUCCCCGACACGGGACUCGACACGUCCGGCUGGACGAAGGGCGCGCUGCCCCCGCUGGCGGACAUGUUCGACCUGAACGACAUGCAGCUCGCCGCGAAGAACGUCCUCCCGGCGAAGUACUACGCGUCGUACCGGACCGGCGCGCUGAACGAGUACACGUAUAGGGCGAAUCUGGAGGUGUACGCCAAGGUGCGGCUGAACGGGUUCAGCUUCCGGGACGUCAGCAAUGUGUCUACAUCAGCCCUGCUAGGACAACAAUCCUGGGCCACACCUUUUCGCAGCCGUUCUUCAUCGCGCCGGCCGCGCAGGCAGGUCACGCGCACCCGACCGCCGAAGCGGCCCUCGCGCGCGGCGGCGGGCAGCGCCGGGAUCCUCUACGUCCCGAGCAUCUCGUCGACGCUCCCCAUCGAGGCGAUCGCGGCGGCGGGCCGGGCGGGGCAGGUGAUGUUCCACCAGAUGUACGUCUGGGCGAACCACAGCCGCGUCGUCGACGAGCUCGCGCGCAUCGAGGCCGCGGGGUUCAAGGCGCUCUUCGUCACCGUGGACAACACCGGGAUCGCCGGGGUCAGGACGCGCUCGAUGCGGUAUACCCCUGGGUCCGAUACCGGACACGCUGCCAACUUCGACCUCCACGCCCUCGCGGCCUUCCGCAACCUGACCACGCUGCCCAUCGUGCCCAAGGGCAUCAAGACGUGGCAGGACGCGCGCACGUGCCUGCGCCUCGGCUUCCGGGCCGUGUACGUCUCGAACCACGGCGGGCGCGUGCUCGACGGCGCGCCCACCGCGGUCGAGGUCCUCGUCGACAUCCAGAAGCACGCGCCGGAGGUGUUCGCCGGCAUGGAGGUGUACGCGGACGGCGGCGUGCGCCGCGGCACCGACGCGCUGAUCCUGCUCGCCCUCGGCGCGCGCGCGGUGGGGCUCGGGCGCCCGCCGAUGUUCGCGAACGUGUGGGGCGAGGCGGGCGUCAGCAGGAUGGCGGCGCUGCUUGCGCGGGAGCUCGGCACGAGCAUGCAGCUGAUGGGGGUGCGGGACGUUAGGGAGCUGAAUGGCUCGUAUGUGAACACGAACGCGGUGGGGUAUUAG